CCUCACACUCUCUCAUCCUCUAAUCCUCUCACUCUCUCCUCUUAUGCUCUCAUCCUCUCACUUUCUCACCAUAUCACCCUCUCACUCUCUCAUCCUCAUCAUCUAAGCCUCUCAAUCUCUCAUCCUCUCUCUUUCCUUUCACACUCUCAUUCUCUCACUUUCUCAUCCUCUCACUCUCUCAUCCUCUAAAUCUCUCAUGCUCUCACCAUCUCCCUCUCUCAUCCUCUCACAAUCUCAUCCUAUAAUUCUCUCACUCUAUUGAUCAAAUGAUAAAAAUAUAACGAGUGUGUGGAUAUGUGUGUGUGUGUGUGUGUGUGUGUGUGUGUGUGUGUUUAUAGAUAUGAAUUGUUUUAUCUGAGGGAGGGGGGUCUGAGUAAAAAAGUUGAAUACAGCUGAAUACAGCGCAGUGACGUCAUCGGGAGUUUCAGAUUAGCAUUAAUAAAUGUGUGUGUGUGUGUGUCUUUGUGUGUGUGUGUGUGUGUGUCUUUGUGUGUGUGUGUGUGUGUUUUCGCGGGUGAAAUAAAAACCCCAGCGCCCCACCCCUGGAGUGUGUGUGUGUGAGAUAUCUUUGAGGAAGAGAAAGCACUGUGGCAGUGGCGCGAGCUGCACACACACACAUACGCACAUACACACACUGAGUUAUGGCCGUGCACGGAGGGAGAGCGUUGCCGUUGCUGCUGCUGAAGUUCACGCGCGGAGGAAAGGCGCGUUUGUGGCACGAGCUUAGCCCGGUAUCGGUACUGCUCAGUCGCGCGAGAUCUCUCUCCAGUGCUGCCCCGAGCUCGCUCCUGGCCGGUAAGACCCACGCGGAGCUGCGCGAGCUCUCAGCACGGGAACCGGAGCGCUUCUGGGACUGUGCUGCGCGCGAGAGGAUCACAUGGACACGGGGUUUCGAGCGCGUGCAGGACUGCGAUCUGAAGCGCGGGAAGAUCAGCUGGUUUCUCGGUGGACAACUAAACGUUUCCGUAAACUGUCUGGAUGUGCACGUGGUUAAAGAUCCGAAUCGAGUGGCUCUGAUCUGGGAGAGAGAUGAACCGGGGACGGAGGAGAGAGUCACGUACAGAUCUGAUUGAAUAAAACCCGAGGAGACGGUGGUGAGGAGAAACUCCGAUGUUAGACGAUGUGAGAUGACGAUGUGAGACGAUGUGAGAUGAUGAGAGACAAUGUGAGAUGAUGUGAGACGAAAUGAGACAAUGUAAGAUGACGAUGUGAGACGAUGUGAGAUGACGAUGUGAGACAAUGUGAGACGAUGUGAGAUGAUGUGAGAUGACGAUGUGAGACAAUGUGAGACGAUGUGAGAUGAUGUGAGAUGACGAUGUGAGACAAUGUGAGACGAUGUGAGAUGAUGUGAGAUGACGAUGUGAGACAAUGUGAGAUGACGAUGUGAGAUGAUAUGAGACAAUGUAAGAUGACGAUGUCAGAUGAUGUGAGACAAUGUGAGAUGAUGUGAGAUGAUGUGAGAUGACGAUGUGAGACAGUGUGAGACAAUGUGAGAUGAUGAUGUGAGAUGAUGUGAGAUGAUGUAAGAUGAUGUGAAACGAUGUGAGACGAUGUGAGACGAUGUGAGAUGAUGAUGUAAGAUGAUGUGAAACGAUGUGAGACGAUGUGAGAUGAUGAGAUGACGAUGCGAGAUGUGAGAUGACAAUGUAAGAUGAUGUGAAACGAUGAGACGAUGUGAGACGACGAUGUGAGAUGAUGUGAGACGACAAUGUGAGAUGAUGUGAGACGAUGUGAGACGAUGUGAUAACGACCGUUACUCAUUACACUUUGUAUGGCACCCUAAAGUUUUCUGCAGUGGCUUAUGAGGCGAUAUCGCCAUCUACAGGGUAUAGUAGGUACUGGAGCUUGAGGCUGCUUCUCUAGCAUGUCCAGUGGCAGUACUGACGAGCAUACAUGGCUUUAUUUAAAUGGAGUGUUUUUAUUUGUCGGUGUACAGAACGUCUAAUACAGGAUGCAGUGUCUACUUGCCACAAGCCACUAAAAUAAAUUCCUUUAAGAAAUCAAUGUGAAAUCCUCUGUUUCUUGUUUUUCACUGACGCGUCUCCUAGGUGGUGAGACAAGUUCCAUCUUUACGCCUACAUUACACAGAGAUAAAUACUCAAGUACUGUUAAAAUCAGGUAUGUUAAGACUUUUACUCAAGUGGAACUUGUAAUGCAGUAAUUUUCACAGUCAGAUAUCUCUACUUCCGGUGAUCUGUUCACCUGUGUGCCUUUUAACUUGUUCUUGUUCGUUUGUGCAGUUUGUUUGUAAACAUUCUCCUGAUGGUGGACAGAAAGGUGGAGUGUGUAGGUGAUAAUUAUACACACUGAGCUAAAAUUAUAUAUAACAUUUUGUUUAAAGUGGUUAUAAUGAGGUUUACUGACACACACACACACACACACACACACACACACACAGUUUAGAGAAUAAAUACUAAAUUAAGAAACACAGCUACUUUUUUCCAUCACAUCAUCAUCUGUUCUUUCUCUCACCCUCUAAACACUGGCCUGAUCUACACACACACACGCACACACACACACACGCACAAGCACACACACAAAUACCUAUACACACACACACACACACACACACACACACAUACCUAUACACACACACAUGCACCAGAGUAAGUAGAGGCAUGUAUUUCAUUUCAGCCCGAAACAAGGACGGUGAUUUAAAGUCUAACUCUCUAGUGACCAAUAAACCAUCUGCUAAUCAUUCCUCACUGUAAUAACAUAAACAUUUUACUGAAUAAUAAAUCAGUGUGGAAAUGUAAAUGAACACAAGAGUUUAAAGUGGAGAUGGAUCAUUUAAUAAAAGGUACAAACAAGCAGGAAGAGAAUAAUCCCAGCGCUCUGCAGUAGAGAAGUGUUUGGAUUGUCUGAAGGUAACGAGACAUUAAAACAUUACAUUCAUUUCAUCCCACAGCCGGGUUCACAGAUUAUUGUUUAUAUGAAGGAUCAAAUGUCCUCAUUCUUACUCUUUCUGCGGUGUAGAUUAAAUUAUAAAUUAUAAAUAACUUCACACACACACACACACACACACACACACACACACACACACAGAGAGAGGUUUAUUACAGUUCACAUGUAAAAGAACACUGAGCUAAAUAAACAUAAAGCUGCUUGUUCAGAUUGUGUGUGUGUGUGUGUGUGUGUGUGUGUGUGUGUUGAAUAUGUGUCCACGUGGCACGUGAAAAAACUCAAUACAUCAUUAGCAGCACAGAGGAACGGUUUCUUACUUAUAGAACAUCUCAUAUCAUUCCAACAUCUGGAAGUCAUCAGGAACAGCAGGAUACAGAGGACCUUCU